AUGAUCAGUCUGAGGCACUGGGCCAGUGCCACAGAGAGUGUGCUGAAGCUGGGUCUACCCUGGAGGGUGCUACGCCCUCAGCUUGUCAGCAGCACCCACUACAGCAUGGUAGACUACCAGCAGUGGAUAAGGGAGCUCUCCAUCACUGAGCCCAAACUAGAGAUAUCUGACACCAGCAUCCUGGAGACUAUGUACAAGAACCAUUCAAACCUGGAAACCAUCUUUCGAAUCAUAGACACAGAUCACUCUGGUUCGAUCUCUUUCGAAGAGUUUCGUCAGACCUGGAAGCUCCUGAGCUCGCAUCUGAAGACAGAAAUCAGCGACGAGGUCAUUGCCGACCUGGCCCAGAGCAUCGACUUCAACAAGGACGGGAGCAUCGACAUCAAUGAGUUCAUGGAGGCCUUCCGGCUGGUGGACCUCUCUGCACACAUCUGAGAGGCCGGACCAGGAGCUGCUGUAGCUGCUGCUUUGAGAACUGCCACAAAUACACU